AUGUCUUUAUAUNAUUUUCUAAAUCCCUAUGUCCGACAGUUUUUGGUUGGAUGGAUCACUGUAUUGGACAGUGUUCCAGAUAUUGAUAUGCUGGGUUUUCUUCCCGAUUUUCUUGAUGGUUUGUUUAAUAUGUUAAGUGAUUCUAGUCAUGAAAUUCGGCAACAAGCUGAUUCAGUCCUUUCAAAGUUUCUUCAAGACAUUAAAAACUCCCCAUCUGUAGAUUAUGGUCGCAUGGCUGAAAUACUUGUUCAAAGGGCAGCUUCUCCAGAUGAGUUUACUCGGUUAAUGGCUAUCAUUUGGAUAAAUGAAGCCUUGAACAUUUUAGUUCAACAGCGUACCUCUCCUGAGAUCCGAGAUUCCUACAUCAUUGAUGUCGAACCAAAUAAUAGCAACAUUGUACAUAGAACACAUUGCGGAACAUAUAGCUGUAGUCGAAAGGUUUCUUUAGAGUGGAUCUUUAUCAUCACCAACUUCGUCCUCGAGGUUCCCUCGGCUGUUCUUGACCAACUCUCAUCCACACAUAAAGCUCAAUAUGAACUAUUUGCAAUGCUACUAUCAUUUGUUGCUUUGUUUAUAUGCAUUGCUGAGCUCAUUUAUAAAGUUCAAAAAGGACAGUUCAUCUGGAGGUGGAGGAGGUGGUUACCUUGGUUUUAUAAUGCAUCCCAAAAUUAUAAGCCUUUUGGUAGCUUCAAGGAUUUUGUUGGAUCCGUUUGUGCUCUUUGUCAGUGUAUUGUUACUGCAAUCAAUUAUGCACAAACUGAUGAUAAGCUUAUUAAUAUUUCUUCUUGGCCUAUCAUAUUUGCCUUUGGUUUACUAUAUUCUAAAAUUCUAGAGAAUCGGGAUGAGAGGAGGAAUGAGUAAGAGGAGAGAUGCUUCAAUGAAUUUGUCUGGAGUGUGGACUACUACAAUUUACAAAUAUGGCAGUGUUCCAAUCAUGAAUACAUAUCAGCUAUAAUUUUCUUUUGAA